AUGUGUAAGCCUAUUUUCGUGAUUCUGAUUCUGAGUUUUGUUACUUCUUUUCAGAUCAAAGAGAGUGCAUCACAGACCAGAGAUGUCCUCAAACAGCAUUUUAAUGAUUUAAAGGGAACCCUUGGGAAGCUCCUGGAUGAGCGACUGGUGACCCUUUUGCAAGAAGUGGAUACCAUUGAGCAAGAGACCAUUAAACCACUAGAUGACUGCCAGAAGCUCAUAGAGCACGGAGUUAACACUGCAGAGGACUUGGUCCAAGAAGGUGAAAUUGCCAUUCUUGGUGGUGUAGGAGAACAGAAUGAAAAACUGUGGAGCUUUACCAAAAAGGCCUCACACAUUCAGUUGGACAGCUUACCAGAAGUGCCUUUACUGGUCGAUGUGCCUUGUUUAUCUGCUCAGUUGGAUGACUCAAUUCUUAACAUAGUGAAAGACCACAUUUUUAAGCAUGGAACCGUAGCAUCUCGCCCACCAGUACAGAUAGAAGAACUAAUAGAGAAGCCUGGAGGCAUCAUUGUGCGAUGGUGUAAGGUGGAUGACGACUUUACAGCCCAAGAUUACAGACUCCAGUUUCGUAAAUGUACUUCAAAUCAUUUUGAGGAUGUAUAUGUAGGCUCUGAAACUGAAUUCAUAGUGUUACACAUAGACCCCAAUGUUGAUUAUCAGUUCAGAGUCUGCGCCCGAGGAGAUGGCCGACAGGAGUGGAGUCCUUGGAGCGUCCCCCAGAUAGGUCAUUCCACAUUGGUGCCGCAUGAAUGGACAGCUGGCUUUGAGGGGUACAGUCUGAGCAGUCGAAGAAAUAUAGCACUCCGGAAUGAUUCGGAAUCCUCAGGUGUUCUCUACUCCAGCGCUCCAACCUACUUCUGUGGGCAGACGUUAACAUUCAGAGUUGAAACUGUGGGCCAACCAGACAGAAGAGACAGUAUCGGAGUGUGUGCGGAAAGGCAGAAUGGAUAUGACUCUCUGCAGCGGGACCAAGCAGUGUGCAUUAGUACAAACGGUGCAGUUUUUGUAAAUGGAAAAGAAAUGACUAAUCAAUUGCCCGCCGUUACUUCUGGGUCCACUGUCACAUUUGACAUUGAAGCUGUGACUCUAGGAUCCACCAAUAAUAACGAAGGCGGAAACUUCAAGCUUCGAGUAACUAUUAGCUCAAAUAACAGAGAAGUGGUUUUUGACUGGGUACUUGAUCAAUGUUGUGGUUCUCUUUACUUCGGAUGCUCAUUUUUCUAUCCUGGAUGGAAAGUGUUGGUGUUCUAGACUUUUGGAUGAUUGGCUUUGGUUUGCAGGGUUUUAAUGUAGCUGUCCUCAGCCCAAUUUAGUUGUAAUUUAUUUAAAAAGACAUGUUAGAUUCAUCUCUCAGUUAAGCCAUUGGAAAUGGAAAUUGUUUACUGGAUUUAUUUUGGAAUAUUUUAGCAAUAAGAAACUUGAAUAUUAUGGACACAAGCGUAAUGCAUUUUUAUUUUUAGCAUAGUGUUAAUUAAAAUGUCACAUCACAAUAAAAUGAAUAAAACAAAUUGGCUUUUAAAAUAUGAGGAGAUACAGAAAGCCCUAUACCUUUCCACUGUAUUUUUAAAAGUUGGCUAUUAGAACAGAAAAACUUAAUGUGUCAUUAUUUUAUUAAAUCUCCAUCUUUUAAGAAUCCAGGGUCAUGUAAGACUUUAGUAUAAAACAACAGGACUAGGCCAGAUAGAAGCCUGAGUCUGUAAUAUACAUUCACUUGUGUGUUCUCCACUUAAGUGUUGAAUAUGUUCUUCAUAAUCAGGCAUUUGUAAGCAGUAUUGAAUUUUAUCACAUAUUCAGUAUUCUUAAAGUCCCCCAAACAUGCUAAUUUUUGCAGUUUUUGUAAUUACUGAGCAAAUGUCUAUAAUAGGCAAUGUAUUUUCUUUGGUUCUUUUCUUACAGUUUGAUUCAUAAUAGGCUAGAGCAGUGAUUCCCAAAGUGGGCGCUACCGCCCCCCGGUGGGCGCUGCAGCGAUCCAGG